AGUCUGCUCGUGCGUUGGCCUUUUGUUGGCGAGACUAUUGUGCAUACGGCUUUAUGUUUUGACCUUUCUUGUGUCAUCCUAACCUUACGACAAAUGUUUCUGAAUGUUUAUUUCCAUUUCCAUAAUACAAGGUCAUGAUAUAAUUGCUUUUCUUUAUUUCAACAAGAAAACUGACAAUUAAAUUAAAAGUGAGAGUAAUGAAAAUUUGGUACUUUUAAUUAAGCGCAGGAAAUUUGGAAAGUCAGUUCAUAUUAUUAUUAAUGAAAGGAGGACAAAAGAGAAAGUUUUUUCUAAACGUAAAGAAUUCCAUAUGAAUAUAUUUUGUAAAGCAUUCAGUCAAAAGGGUUCGCUCAAAGAAAAAAGAAGAAAUUAAUUUUGUUUCAAAAUGUUUUCAAAUAGUUUCCAUACAAUUUUAAGAAAACCCCGUUUCUCUUAUUUUUUGCUGAACAAGUGUCAAUCGCAAGUUAAUUCUAAAUCACAAUUCGAAAGAAAACAUGAAGCGGACUUAAGAUUAAGAAAAGAAUUUAGUACAAAGGCAGCAACUAGUCAAAAACCAGAUUGGAACCGAGCUGUUUCUGAAGCAGAGAAAAUUGUUGGUUAUCCUACUUCUUUUAUGAGUUUGCGUUGGCUUCUCAGUGACGAGAUUGCAAAUGUUGCUCUUCAUUUACGAAAAUUAGUUGGUUCCAAUCAUCCACUUCUGAAGACUGCUAAAAGCUUAAUUUAUAAUGGACGCAAUAUGCAAGCAUGGGGACUUAUCGUUCUUUUGAUAUCAAAAGCAGCUGGACACCUUAAUGUAGAUGACAUGGAAGAGGAUAAAGCAGCGGGUGUUUUACAUAGCCAACGUGCUUUAGCUGAAGUUACGGAAAUGAUACGAACCAGUCAUCUGGUCCAUAAAGGUCUGGUAAACAUUCAACAUGGAGUUUAUCCUGAAGCUGCGGAGAUGAAUGAUAUGACUUUCGGAAAUAAAAUUGCGUUAUUAAGUGGUGAUUAUUUAUUAGGCAACAGUUGUGCAGAACUAGCAGCUUUAAGAAAUCAAGAUUUAGUAGAGUUAAUGUCAAGUGCAGUACGCGACUUAGCAGAGGCCGAGUUUGUUGGUCGUCGCGACAGUCAAAAUCACCCAUUACCAUCCCUUCCAUCUGCAAAUGAAUCGAAUUAUGCUGUAAACGAAUGGACUCACCGGAAUGUUUUAAGUGCUGGUUCUCUUCUAGGAAAAUCAUGUCAGGGAACUUUGAAACUUGCAGGACAUGAUGUGGAUAUGCAGCACCAAGGAUUUAAAUUUGGAAAACAUUUAGCUCUCGCUUGGCAGGCUUGUUUGGACUUAGGUCCAUUCAUCAGCAAAGAUCCAACUCUUCCUUUUAGUUUGUGUUCUGCCCCUGUGAUGUUUCACAUUGAAUACGACCAAAGCAUUCUGGAAGAAAUAAAUAAAGGCCUUGAUUCUGUACAAAAUGUAGAUUAUAUGAAGAUAUAUGAUAUGGUUAUUGACGGGCCUGGAAUAGAACUGUCGAAACAGUUGCAAAAAGAACAUUCUCUUAGAGCAAUGGAAGUUCUAAAUGUAUUUCAGGAGAGCGAUGCCAGGACAGCUUUAUCAAACAUUAUUGCUGCAAUGAGAGACUUUUAAUUAAGUUUAUUUUUUGUACAGUAUAGGCUGAUAAUGAGGCUGAUAAUUCAGUAAUGUUGUGUUUUUGAGAGAUUUUAUUUUCUAACUUACUGUUUUCUUAGAAUACCAUAAUAAGAUAGAAACUUAUUUUUCUGAUAUUUAUAAUAGCAUUUUUUAUGCUUAUCGAAUUUUUAAAUUCAAUUGUUACAUUGGUGUUGCAUGAAUGGUGUAUGUCUUUCAUUUCACAAUGUUAAAAAUGUUAUAGUAAUUAAAAAUUUAAUUUUUUUAAUUUUGUACUCUUUUAACACUUUUUAUCUGAAAAAAUGGUUAAUAAUGAUGAUGAUUAUUAUUGUUGCUAA